GCUGACAGAUGUCAAAUGCGUGAUGCCGAAACUAACCUAAAAUCGUUUUGAUUACACCAAAAGAUCAAGUUUUUCGUAAUAUAUUUCAAAAAUAAAUUGAAUAAUUUGACGGCAUUCGAUUGAAAAAUGUUCAAGAAUCUUGUAACGUUAGUAACUGGUGGAGCGUCCGGUCUCGGCCGUGCCACAGUUAAUCGAUUUGUGAAGAAAGGUUCACAAGUGAUAAUUUGUGAUUUGCCAACAUCAAAAGGUGAACAGGUAGCUAAAGAAAUUGGAGAAAAUGUACAGUUCAUUCCGGCUGAUGUAAUGUCAGAAAGGGAUAUUGAAAAUCUCGCAGAUGAAAUAUCUAAAAAAUAUGGCAAACUUGAUGUACUGGUGAAUUGUGCUGGUGUGAGUGAUGCCCAUCUUACAUAUAAUUUCAACCUUGACCUACCAAAAAUGUUGAAAGACUUUGAAGACGUUUUAAUGACAAAUGUAGGUGGAACUAUCAAUGUGAUUCGCUUAACUGCUCAAUUGUUUGCUAACAAUCAGCCAGAUGAAGGCGGUCUUCGCGGUGUCAUCAUCAAUACUUCAGGUGUGGAAGCAUUCAAUGGAAUAAUGGGCCAAACAUCAAUUGCAGCCGCGUCUGGAGCUAUUCACAGUAUGACAAAGCCAUUAGCAGAAGACUUUGCUCGUACAGGCAUUCGUGUUGUCACAAUCUCACCGGGUUUCAUAAGAAGUCCAAUGAAUAACUAUUUCCCGAAACAUCUUGAAGAAUCAUUGGGCCUAUAUUGUGUCACUGUCCCAAAUAGAUACGGUAAUGGAGACGAAUUUGCUCAUCUUGUACAAUCAAUUGUCCAAAAUCCAUACAUAAAUGGAACUACCAUUGAAUUGUCAGGGGGGAUGCGUAUGUCCUUAUAAGAACCAAAUAAUUUGGUCCAAAUUGUAGAACACUUUUUGUUUUUUUAUUAAAAUUAAUUAGAUUUCUAUAGACUCAAAUUCGAA